AUGCCAAACUUCAAUGCAGCUCCUCCGACGUUGGAGGUGGAACUUCGCCGCUUGAGAUGCUUUCACCGCACUCCCUUCUGCAUGGCGUCCAUUCUGAACGAUGGCGCCGGCGGCGCCGAUGCCGUCGCCACCCCUCAAGACCGGACAGGGGACACAGACGACGAGACCGUCAAAGCCGUACCAGCACCGAGCUGGAGCCUGCUCUCAGCCGAGACCGACUCAGACCUGGUGGCCAACGUCUCGGCUGAACUGAGCAACUUCAGCAGACGCACACUCACGCGGCACGACUUCAAGACCAUCGUGAAGAUAUGCGGCCUUCCGCUGUACCUCAAGUUCCCCCUCUUCCAGAUGGUCUCCAAAUCUCCCACGAAGCAGGCCGUCCUCGACGUCUGUCGGAAGCUGCAUCGAGUCGCCGGUAAAGACAGGCUGUCCAAGGUCGUCUUCGUCCUCACCAAGGGCCGCAGGACGUGCCUCCAGCCUGGUGACUUCAGGGACAUGAUACAGGAUCUGAUCGAGACGCACAGCGGGCUCAUCUUCCUGAGGCCAGUCACCCGUUCGCACACUGUUUACAUCGAUACUGUCGUGUCCCGACUCUUCUACGAGAUCGGCAAGACGUGGACGUGGCGGCUGGGUAUGGCCGAACUGCGUCGCAGUGACUUUCUGUCCCAGUUGGAUUCGCUCGAGUGCCACAACGACUUCAUGAACGUCGAGGGUGUCUUCUCAUACAAAGACGCUUACGUUAUUCACGCCAUCUUUAAUGCACUCGACCUGGACAACGAUCGACUUUUGAACCGACUCGAUCUUGCCCGCUACGAGAAAGGGGCCCUAACGCCCAAGGUCAUCGAGAGAGUGUUCGCGCUACUGAGCACGUCUGCCAUGACGUACGUGGACUUCGUCGUGUUCCUCCUGGCUGAAAAGGACAAGUCCCAUCCCAGGAGCAUCGAGUACUGGUUCAACAGGCUUGAUCUGGAUGGUGACGGCAUGCUGACCAUGUACGAGCUCGAGGCCUUCUUUCGCGAACAAUACGAUCGUGUGGCCAUUCUCAUGAAUGAUCCGGUGUCCUUCGAAGACGUCUACAGGCAGAUGAUCGAUCUGGUCAAGCCCAGAUCGUUGAAUCUGUUCGCGUUGUCGGAUCUCAAGCGGUGCGCUCUGGCGUCAGUGUUCUUCAAUACGUUCAUCAACACGUACGAGUUUAUCCACCAUGAGAUCUUCGACCCGUUCGAUGCAGAUAGACUCCGCAAUGGGUCCACGCAGUGGGAGCACUUUGCCAAGACAAAGUUUAGUCUUUUGAUGGAGGAAGAGGACCGGGAGGGCUCGUCUGAGGAUGAACUGUCGUAA